AACAAACUCUCUCUCCUCUCUGUUUCUCUCUCUAGGAGAGAACGCCGGAAUCGAGCGGUCUCCGGCGGAGCCUCGCCGGAAUUCUGCACCUGCGGUCGUUUCCCCAUUCGUCUGUACGAAGGAUCCGUUGGCACGCCGCCGUAUCGUUGGGGGAGGGGGAAUUUGAGAAACUUUUUUUUGACGCCGAUUCACUUUUUUUCCUCGUCGUGGUGGAUUUGUUUUUUUUUGGGGAAUUAAAUAUUCUCUGAUGGUUGUGAUUGGAUAGAAGGAAACAAAAAAGCAAAGGAGGAAGAUAAAAGAGAAGGCAAAAUUAUUCUGUUCUCUCUCCUUCUCUCUCUACAUCUACGGUGCUGCAUUUUCCUUCUGGUUUCCGAUGCCGUGAGGGAGGUUUGUGAGAUCCGUUCAUUAGUUGUCGAAGCUGUUUGCUAAAAAGCUGGUUCGGCUUUGUUUUGGAGGAAUUCAGAGAGAAGAAGCAGAACCUGAAUUGGGUUUGUUCAGAAUUAGGUAUUGGCUUUGAUGCUGGUGCUCGUCCUUCAAUUCCAGGGAAGGGCUAUGUUCGGUGGAUGCAACUAGUGAGUCAUAGUGUUUGAGCCAGGUAUAAUCUUUUGAACUUUCCGUGGCCUGCAUGAUGCCGUCGGAUAUGAUGGAUCACCACUUUCAUGAAGAAGUUCGUCACAUGUCAGAGAGACAAUUUGGUUUCAGGAAAACAAAUCUGAUGCUUGAUAACAAAGGCGGUGGGGAUAGACCUCCCAAUUUAUCAAGGAGUCCGUGGACUUCUGAAAAUUACCAGUUGAAGCCACAAUCAAGCAUGUCUCUGGGGUUGCCAUCUGUUAACCCUAAUGGGAAAACAACUACUAUUGAUACCGAGUGGGAAAGCAGUCUCUUCUCCAGCUCACUAUCUGAAUUAUUUAGUAGAAAACUACGGCUACAGAGGAGUGAUAUGCUAGCGUCUCAGCCUGUUAAUACAGCUGCUUCCCAUCGCGAGAUCGAUGAGCCUUUUGAGUCACUUGAAGAGAUUGAGGCGCAAACUAUCGGAAGUCUUCUUCCAGACGAGGAUGAUCUCUUCGCAGAAGUGGUUGGUGAGAUUGGACGUAAAUCUCAAGCCAAUAAUGGAGAUGAUUUGGAUGAUUUUGACCUGUUCAGCAGUGUCGGUGGCCUGGAACUAGAUGGAGAUGUUCGUUCUUCUGGGGUCCAAAUAAAUUUUGACGUUAUGAAAGUUCCAAACGGUGAUUUUGGCGGCAAUGUGUCUAUUAUUGGUGAACAUCCUCAGGGAGAAAUUCCAUCCAGGACACUUUUUGUCAGAAAUAUCAACAGCAAUGUUGAAGAUUAUGACCUGAAGGCCCUUUUUGAGCAAUACGGAGACAUCCGUGCUCUUUAUACAGCCUGCAAAAAUCGUGGAUUCAUCAUGAUAUCUUACUACGAUAUAAGGGCUGCCCAGAACGCGAUGAGAGCACUUCAGGAUAAGCUGUUGUGGCGGAGGAAGCUUGACAUUCAUUUUUCCAUCCCCAAGGAAAAUCUAUCAGAAGAGGACAUAAAUCAAGGAGCGUUGUUGGUUAAUAAUCUCGAUACCUCCAUUUCAAGAGAAGAGCUUCAACGUAUAUUCGUUUCAUAUGGAGAAAUAAAAGAGAUUCGUAAAACCACACACGAGAAUCAGCAGAUAUACAUAGAAUUCUACGAUAUUCGAGCUGCCAAGGCUGCCCUUCGUGGACUUAAUGGAAGUGAAAUAGCUGGGAAGUGGUUGAAAGUUGCACCAGCCCAAGCAGAGGGUACGCGUAAUAUAUCAUCAACGCACAUCGGGAGAAACUUCCCAGGAAUAAUAGCUUCUAGUUCCAUUGAUGGUGGAUCAAUGCGUAGUCUGCACUGUUCUAUCAGGUCACCGGUGCACUCCCUCGCUGAACGUCAUCAGAGUCUCAAUAUUCCUAUUGCCUGGCCAUCUUCUGCAAGUGUAAUUUCUGCAAGCAAGCCAAUUGGUCUUCAGGAGCCCAACCACCCUUUUGAUAAUUUGACAACGGGGAUCCAAAGCAUGCCAAAUCUAUAUCCCCAUUCUUUACCGGAGUAUCAUGACAACUUUGUGGGUGGUAGUCCAUAUAAUUCGAAAACUUAUUCGGAAAUGGUUAGUGAUGGCGCAAAACCAAAUGAUGGUUUUAUGACUAACAAAGUUCGUGGGGCUGUUGCAGAUGGGUUUAAUGCAGGGGUCAUAGGAUCUCCCAUGAGUGAAAGUGCUCAUCGUGCAAACCAUGUUGUAUGGAGCAACACUCAUCAACCGAGUUUGACAAGUGGUAUGAUGUGGCCCAACUCACCAUCACACGUCAAUAGCAUUCCUCAGCGCAUCCCAACUGCUGCCUCAUUUUCUAGAGCACCUUCUCUAAUGGUGAACAUGUCGUCGUCCCCUGUUCAACACCACAUUGGAUCUGCACCAGUAAUGAAUUCACCUUUCUGGGAUAGAAGACAGCCCUUUGUGGCAGAAUCUCCAGAAUCGUCUGGCUUUCACUUGGGUUCUCACAGGAGCAUGGGAUUCCCUGGCUCUUCUCCAUCACAUCCAAUGGAAAUUGCUUCUCAAAAGAUUUUUGCUCACGUUGUUGGGAAUCGUAUUGAUUUAAAUGCGGCAAAUGCUGUGAUGCGAUCUCCUCAGCAAAUGCCUAACCUCUUUCCCGGAAGGAACCCAAUGGUUUCGAUGCCGGGUUCAUUUGAUUCUCCAACUGAGCGAUACAGAACCCUCUCUCACCGUAGAAGUGACCCUGGUUCUACUAAUGCUGACAAGAAACAAUAUGAGCUUGACAUUGAUCGCAUCUUGCAUGGGGAGGACAGCAGAACAACAUUGAUGAUAAAAAACAUUCCUAACAAGUAUACCUCAAAGAUGCUUCUAGCUGCAAUUGAUGAGUAUUGCAAAGGAACCUAUGAUUUUCUUUAUUUACCAAUUGACUUCAAGAACAAAUGCAAUGUGGGUUAUGCUUUCAUCAACCUAAUUGAUCCUAAAAAGAUAAUUCCAUUUCAUAAGGCAUUCGACGGUAAGAAAUGGGAAAAGUUCAACAGUGAAAAGGUGGCAUAUCUUGCAUAUGCUCGGAUUCAGGGAAAAACAGCUCUUGUAUCUCAUUUCCAGAAUUCAAGUCUGAUGAAUGAAGACAAACGUUGCCGCCCUAUUCUCUUCCACACCGAUGGCCCAAAUGCUGGUGAUCAGGAGCCAUUUCCAAUGGGUACCAGCAUCCGUUCAAGGCCAGGCAAGCCUCGAAUGGGCAGCAUUGACAGCAGCUAUAGCAACAACCAUAGCAGCUCUUCUGUUCUGGAAAACAGAGAAGAACCUCCAAAUGGAACCGACUCUUCCUGUAUGGAGAAACUAACCGACGGGCAACCAAAUCCAAUCCAUCCAGUAGACUAACCUUUAGACGUACUGUGUGAGAGGUAAAAGAGAAAAAAAAAGGUAAAAACUUUACCACUACAUAUAUAUAAUCAGGGGGGGGGUUCACCUGACUAAUCAUUUUGCAGUAGAGGAGGACAAAAGUUUUGGGAGAAUCAUAAAACCCGUGGAGCGGAGCCCUUCCCCGCUUCACAAAUUUUGGUUGUAUCAUCAUCUGGCGUCGUUAGGGACGGGUAUUUGUUUAUUUUCGGCUGCAGUCCAAGGUCGGGUACCAAGUUUUUUAGAACAUGGACUGCAGAAAUACCCUGGCUCUGGUGAAAUUUUGUUGGUUUAUCCAUUCCAUACCACAUCAAUGGCUGUGACUAAAAAGACAUUGUUGCAGAUAGGUCCCAGAGAAAUCUGGGUUUUUUUUUUGUGCGUGUUGAUGAGUCUAAGGACGUAACUUAGUGAUGGGCAAAUCGCAGGUCGAGGAGUUGUCGUGUGGGGAUUCUUUUGUUUUGGUUUUGAAUUGUUUAUAGGAGGAACUUCUUCAUCGGCGCUUGUUGCCAUUUGCUUGUUACUCUCUCUGGUUAUUAUUGGAGUUCUGGCUGUCGUUUUUUCUCG